AUGAUUGUCGGUGCGGUCGAGAGCUUUAGUGUACGGCUCGAAAGACUAUUCACUAAUACUUUCAUUUUUGCCGUUUUGGCGUCGAUUGCGUUCAUGAUAUGGCAAAUACAUAACCAUAAACUGACACAAUGUCUGACGGAUUGGAAGGAGUUAUGGGUAGACGAGGCCUAUUGGCACCUCUUGUUCUCAGCGGUUCUCUUAGUCAUUAUGGUAUUGUGGAGGCCCACCAAUAAUAACCAACGAUACGCUUUCACUCCACUGCUGGACGCGAGCGAAGACGAGGACGACGACAGAGACCAACAAAUACCUCACGAGGCGUUCGACGGCAUGAAAAUGCGAAACCACGGCAAUAAUCACAUGGAGUCCGGGGAUAAGGAGGCCGUCAUCAGCAAAGAGACUGAGGAUCACCUGAAGUGGAUUGAGGCCAACAUCCCGACGUCGAUGAUAGACAACGCGCUGCCGGCGCUCAUCGAUUCAGACGAGGAGAUAAUGACCACAAAGUUAGAGAUGAGUAAAAUGGAGUGAAUUUAUGGUUUGAUAUUAAGAGAAGAUAUUAAUGAAUGAUAUUUAAUAUAAUAAUACAAAUAGAAGUGAUUUUUAUUUA